AUGAAACUUCUUCGUCGCCUCAUUGUGAGCGCUGCUUGGGUUGCAGCUUUUGAGUUGAACCUGGCUGCUAAUACUGCAGCUGAAGACACUGAUGUUACCUCCAAAACCAGCAAGGACUUUUCAACAUCUCUCCGUGGCGCAGAGCACUACAUAAACGCCGAGUUGCACCCUCUUCUCGAAGAAACAGAGCCAGCACUAUCAGCCACGAAGGAUCUUAAACUGGAUGGCCCGGCAGUUGUGUCUGUUCCAGUCAACGGAGAUAAUUUGAUUAUGCCUGCCGUCUCGUCAGCCAUGCACCGAACAGAAAAUGGACCUUUACUAAACAAGAGAAUUGAAAACACAGCUCCGGUUCAGUCUACUCCUGAAGACUGCGAGGCUGAGUAUAGUCGUCAUUUGCGCAGUUCGAUCAUCCCUGAUCCUGUCACCCAAAUGUAUUUUGAACAACCAAAUUUAUCGAUAAACAAGGAGACUCCUCCAGCAAGGUUGGAUCGCCAUGUAAAGCUUCGUGGUUGA